AGUUACUUAUAAACUAACAAGAAAAUCGUUUUUGUUGUUGUUUUGUCGAUACACGUCGCCUUCCUUAUUUUCUGAAUUCAACCCCAAAAGCGCAAGCAAGGAGAAGAAAUCGUUAGGAAUUCAAAGUUCUGGUUUCUCUGAUUCGUGCUCUGACUUGGAAAACAGAGACCGAAAUCGUCCCUGGGAUCCAAGGUUCAAUUUCCUCGGGUUAACAAAUUUUCCACUCGGCUUUGAAAUUUGUGAUUUCCUUCUUCCCUGGUACAAAGACUUCCUCGUCCGUCUUUUACUAAUUAAAUCAAAUUCAAAAUUAGGCUUUUUCUUAAUGAUUUUUAAGAUAUUUGGGGGAAAUAUUGGGAGAAAAAGGCCAACUUAAAAAACUGGAGGUUUAGCGAUGUUGGGUGUCGUUCGUUGUGGCUUUGAUGUCGAAAGAUGUUCCUUUCAUUUGGCUGAAUGGCAUCCUUUGGAAUAGUAAAGCUGAUUAGGGCUUCAAGCCCCCAAUCCUUUUUAUUUUUAAAAUCAGGGUUAAUAAUCAUUCUUCAUUUGUAACUUAAUACUUUCAAGGUUUCAAGUGUUCUAAUGUUUAGUAACAGCUUUUCAUUUGCUAGAGCAAUGGGCUGCUUUGGUUGUUUCGGCUUCACAACAAAGCCCAAACAAUCCGCUAGGCCCAAUUGCAGGUCAAAUUUUCAACUGUCCCAGGAAUUUUUGUUAGAUGAAAAAAUAGAAGAUGAUGAUGAAAUAGAAGAAGAUGAUGAUUGCUCAUAUAAUGGUGAUGUUACAUGCACUGUUCUUAGAGAUGAGGCUGAGUCUCUAGGUCGUGGCAAGCGUUCUGAAGAGUUUUUGAGAUCUAAACUUAACAAUGGAUUAGCUUGCAGGCAGUUUCCUGUCAAGGAAACUAACAUGAUUAUUCGCUCUGAGGAUGAAAAUGGGAAUAAGAUGAUUAAUGAGUAUGUGCGGGAAUAUAAGAUUGGUUCUGGUAGCUAUGGAAAAGUGGUUCUUUAUCGAAACAAUGUAGAUGGGAAACACUAUGCUAUUAAGGUCUUUCAUAAGUCUCAUUUAUUAAAGGCAAGGGUUGGUCCGUCAGAGACUGCAAUGAGUGAUGUUCUUCGCGAGGUUCUAAUCAUGAAAAUUUUGGAACAUCCCAAUAUAGUUAAUCUCAUUGAGGUGAUUGAUGACCCAGCAAUGGAUCAAUUCUACAUGGUUCUUGAAUAUGUGGAAGGCAAAUGGGUUUGUGACGAUUCUGGUCCUCAAGGAGGCAUUGGAGAAGAUACUGCAAGGAAGUACCUGCGAGAUAUAGUAUCUGGGCUUAUGUACCUCCAUGCUCAUAAUAUUGUACAUGGCGAUAUUAAACCUGAUAAUUUGUUGAUUACAAGCACGGGUACCGUGAAGAUAGGAGAUUUUAGUGUCAGCCAGGUGUUUGAGGAUGAAAAUGAUGAGCUUCGCCGUUCUCCUGGGACUCCUGUUUUCACUGCACCUGAGUGUUGUUUAGGUUUAACAUAUCAUGGUAAAGCUGCAGACACGUGGGCUCUAGGAGUUACUUUGUACUGUUUGGUACUUGGACAUUAUCCAUUUCUUGGUGAAACACUACAAGAUACAUAUGACAAGAUUGUUAAUAACCCUCUAAUUCUGCCAAAUGACAUAAACCCGGCAUUGAGGAACUUACUCGAAGACCUUCUUUGCAAAGACCCAAAACAUAGGACGACUUUGAAUGAUGUAGCAGAGCAUUCUUGGGUUAGGGGAGAAGAUGGACCUAUCCCCCAGUACUUAUGUUGGUGUAAGCGAAAUAACUAUUAUUACCUGACGGAAGAUCUAAUGGGAGAAGCGGAACUCACUUGACAGCGAUCCCAUGAAUAAAAGUUGAUAUGGAUAAUAAGUCAUUGAUUGAUCUGGUGAUGAGAGCAGAGCAGUACAGAUUUUUUUUGUCCCUCCUACGAAGUAAUGCUUAAAUCUGCAAGGAUUGCGAGAAUGAAAAAAAACUCCUAAUCAAGAGUCCAUAGCCUGCUAAAUUAUCUUGUAGGGAAAAAACAAGCAAACUUGCUAUUGGGCAGAAGAGGAAGCACAAUGAGAAGAAACCAGUGAGGAUUUGCAUUGACAUCACUUGUCAACUAAAAGUGGGCGGACACCAUAACAUCAUAUUAUUUAUUGGUUGUGAAAUUUUGUUUGUCGCUUGAAUACUCUCUUUAUUUAUUUGUUCCUAUCAACUUAUUCACCCUAUUUUCA